CGUUGAGCUGCACGCGCCGUUACUCGGUCGAGCUUAGGCAGACAACUUCUGUGACCUUUGUGUAAAUAGCGUAACUUUACAAAAUUAGCACUAUGCCGCGAUUAGCGAUAGUUUUUGUGGCCCUGUAUAUCCUGUUCGUUCUCCACCGGGGACUGGGGAUGCCGACUAACAUCGACCUUGCUUCCUUCGAGUCCAAGAUCCCGCCAAUGUCGAGCGUUCUCCUCCAGACAAACACCCGAGACGGCCAGUUGGCCUUUACGGAUCCCAAGCCACCGCGCAUCCUGGAAGUCUUCCGCUACCAGUCCUUCAAUCUGCGCUGUGAAGCCGCCGUCAUUCACGGCCCACCACCGCGAGUCUACUGGAUGCGCAACGGCAGCAUCGUCAGUCCGACAGACGACCAAGCGGAUGUUUCGCCCACCAAUCACACGGCUGUCAACGUCAUCCUCUUCAGUGUUCUGUCCUUUAACUGUGUAGUGCCCGGGGACAGUGGCGAUUAUGUCUGCGUGGCCGAAACACCGACAGCGCGCAUACAGACCACCACAAAGGUCAUUGUCAAUACCGGACCCUUCAGCCGCUCCAAACACGUCAGUCCACACCACAAAUGUUCCGCAUACCCGACCCUCGCGCCGCACAUCUUCCUAUCGACACGCAGGUACAUGCCCCACGCCCAGGAUGACGUAGUGCUGCACUGCCGUAGUACCGGAUCCCCGCCGCCCCGCAACGCUUGGUACUUUCACGCCGGACUCUUCCGCAACGCCACACCGGACUAUCUGAAGAAAAUCCAGCCCUAUCAACAGGAGAAAUACCAGAUUUUGGGCAACGGCGAUCUUGUCGUGAAAAAGGCCACGGUUCAGCAUGAUCUGGGCUACUAUAUUUGUGGGGCCAUGAAUCUUUAUGGAGAGGAUUACGCGGUGUCUUUCUUGCAGCCAGUGCUGCCGGCCCCGGGCGAGGUGUGAUUGAGAAAGAAUCGAAAGUUCCAUAGGUACAAAACCUAGAUAAAUUGUAAAUAAAAUGCCGGGGCAACGGAAAGGUCACCACGGACAUCCAACGGCCCCCGGGCUAGCUGCUUUGCUCUUCUUUGCGACGUGAUAGUUAACCAGUUUUAAAUUUCUUUUGAACAAGUGUUAUUGUGACGGCUUUUUUUCUUGUACAUAAUACUAUACCCGCAUCAUGCAGAUGAACGUUGUAUACUCGUAUGCUAUUUGCGAUUUUGUUUGUAACUGAUUUGUUCUUCCUUUAUUUGCUAACUGCAGUCAAAUAAAACGGUUGUUUAUCUAGCUGUCAAUACCCGGAUUAAACGGUCACCUGUUAAUAAGGAGUUUCACGAGUA